GCCGGACUCAAGGAAAAACACACAACGGUUUCACACCGACGAGUGGCGGUCCUCACCUCUCUUCAUGCAAAUCAACCAGCCAUGACAAAAUGGGAGAUUAAUCGACACAUUUAGCGCCUGAUGAUGCUUCCGAGCCCGGUUACUUCAACCCCGUUUUCUGUGAAGGAUAUACUGAAACUGGAGCAGCAAUCUCGCCAAUUUCAAUCUUUGCAUCCAGCGCAACACCACGCGCAACUGCAUCCGGAACUGCAGGAGAGAUUUCAGGCACCAUCAUCCUGUUUUCUUGGAGGUGGAGACAGCCCCUGCUUCUCAGACAGCGAGGAGAAGAUGUCUUUUCUGAACUCGCUCUCCAUGCAGGAUAGUUUAGUGGAGAGCAGCCUUUCCCCUCCGAUGUUCUCCCAUCCGGCACUGGGACACGUCGACAAACUUGAAGAUGAUCUUGAAGACCACGAAACGAAAAGCUGCGGUGCGAUCAUCAGAUCCCCCGAGUGUGAUGGUGAUGUGCACUCGGACACGGAGCGGGCGCAGCGGCAGAGGACGCGACGGAAGCCGCGGGUUCUCUUCAGCCAGGCGCAGGUCUUCGAACUGGAGCGGCGCUUCAAGCAGCAGCGCUAUUUAUCGGCUCCCGAGAGAGAACAUCUAGCUAACACCCUGAAACUGACAUCGACGCAGGUCAAAAUUUGGUUUCAAAACCGAAGAUACAAAUGCAAGCGACAGCGUCAAGACAAAACACUGGAAAUGGCAGGACACCACCAUCCGCCGCCACCCAGGAGAGUGGCAGUGCCGGUGCUGGUCCGGGAUGGCAAACCGUGUUUAGCGGGAUCACAGAGUUACAACGCUUCCUACGCUGUGAACCCUGGCCCAUACAGUUACAAUGGUUAUUCAUCUUAUAAUAAUGCCGCUUACACAAACCCAUACAGCUGUACGUAUCCAAGCCUUCCACCUCUUCCGACAAACACAUCCACCAAUGCGCUGAUGAGCAUGAGUCUGAACAACCUCGGAACAUAUUCUCAAGCUCAGACAACACAAGGGACGCCCGUGUCAGCGUGUCAAGGGACUUUGCAGGGUAUUCGCGCAUGGUAGUGACAUUACAACCCUUCCCUCUGUACAUAAAUGACAGCUUUACAGAAUUAUCAGACAGUUACCCAUGUUUUAUAGGCCUGUAACUUUUAUCAUUCGAAACAUAUGCAGGGUUGUGUAUAGUCUACCUUUUCAGUAUAAGCUUCUGUGAAUUUCUUCGAGCAACCUUUCCAUGAUGCCAUAACGAAUACAUAUAAAUUCACAGCAGAUGAACAAAUUAAGAUGUGCAUUGAAAGCAGACUAGAUUACAGCACCGACAUCUCACGAUAAUGCUGAAUAACAGAUUCGCAUCCUAUCCACGCAAUGCGUGGUAAGACCAGGUUUUUGAAGACAUUCCCUGAACAUUUAUGUGGGUCUUUAUGUUGGCAUCCAUACUCAGAGACUUUUGCUUUCUCAGUCAUUGCACUUAGUAAUGAACGUUUAUUAGGCCUACCAAAGAAUGUUACGAAAACUGACAAUGUGUGAUGUUGUGCAAACCUACCUUGUAAAAAAAUAAAACAGUAAACUUUAUUUUA